AUGGAAAUACAAUCUGGGCCAAAUGCCGUUGAUGAGCCGAAUCUGCUGUAUAAGUUACAACGCAAGAUCAAAGUGUUCAAUACAAACAAUGCAUUGCCUAAUCGAGGAUACAAUUUAGUAGCAUGUACAAGUAGAUAUGGAUUAGUGUUUGUUGCUUCACCUAAUGGUGUUCUGUCUGUAUAUUAUCUAAAAGAAUUAAUUGACAAAGAAUGUGAGCCACAACACCUCUCUGUUAAUCUACAAAUACAACCGACACACAUAGCAGUUAACUGUAACCAAGAAUGGCUGGCUGUUAUUGGAGGACAAAUGCUGGUUGUGUAUAAAUGCAUGGAUUUUCAAAAUCCGGAUAUUAGACCAUCAGUGACAAUAAAAUGUGAUGUAAGUCCAUCCACAUUUGUCUCAGCAUUGCAAUGGAAUCCGUGCAUUCCUGACACCAUUGGAAUUAUAUACUUUGAUGGGACUCUGCUUGUAAGCCAAGUCAGCACCAUGCAAGUUAAGAAGAUACAAUCUAAUGCAAGAUGUCUUUGCUGGAGUCCUAAAGGCAAACAAGUUGUAACAGGCAACAAUGACGGCACUCUCACUCAAUACAAACCAGACUUGUCUCCAAUGAAGAUGGUACCGGCUCCGAACUUAUUUGAAGGCAGUCCACUUGAAGCUUUAGCCAUUUAUUGGAUUGCUACAUAUCAAUUUGCAGUAGCAUAUAGAAAUUCUUCCAAUAAUAGCCGUCCAGCUGUAACAAUAGUAAAUACUCCAAAAGCUGGUACUCCCUUAUGCUAUAACUAUGAUGAUAUCUGCUACAGUAUGGGGUCUAACAGACCCUGGUAUUACUAUCUACAGGGACUUGCACAAUGGAAUAUAAUUCUUUCAUCUUCAUCCAAUAGCAUGGAAAUAGCAACGCUGUCAACAACAGAUGGAUCAAAUUGGAUUCAGUGGUGUCAGACCGAUGAAGCAAGACCUGAAUUACCACUGACUGAUAAAAAGCAGGAAAACUAUCCUGUUGGUAUAUGUAUUGAUACAGUGGCCAUACAUCAGUUGCCUUGGGGUGAGAAUGAAACUCUACCACCGAUGCCUCUUUUGCAUGUAGUCUCUCAAACUGGACUGUUAUCUAUUUUCAAUAUAAUAAACCUGAAUAAAUCGGCAUCACAAAUAUGUACGGCGCUGCAACCCCUUGCGUUACCCGCUGCCGCUUUAACAAGGAAUAUUCCUGACGAUGUACCAUCUCAUCCAGAACCGCCACCAGCUGUCGUCCAACCAAAGCCACAACAGCAAUCAGUAUCUCAACAACCACAACAACAGGCAAUGAUGCAACAACAGCAACAGGCAAUGAUGCAACAACAACAACAACAGGCAAUGAUGCAACAACAACAACAGACAAUGAUGCAACAACAACAACAACAGGCGAUGAUGCAGCAACAACAACAACAGGCAAUGAUACAACAACAACAGGCAAUGAUGCAACAACAACAGUCAAUGAUGCAACAACAGCAACAGUCAAUUGCGCAACAACAACAGCAACAGUCAAUUGUGCAACAACAAUCUGUUGUGCAACCUCAACCUAUAGCGUCUGAAUCUCAAAGGCAAAAGACAAUUAUUGCACCUGUGAAAACUAUACCGCAACAACAAAGUAAUCUCUCUUUUGCACCAGCUGCAACGAAAGAAUCAACCCCUGCUGUAGCAACAUCUUCCAUAACUGGGCCACAACCGAAACCAACCGUCCAAGUGCCGAAACCCCGAGUCCCGUCAGCAGAAGUAAGCGCCGCUUUAAAAUCUGAACAGGAAAAAAUUAACAAAGCUAAAGUAAAUGAAGAAUUGAAGAACAUGCUCAUCAAAGAAGUGAAUGAUUUCCAAAUGGAACUAUAUAAUUUCCUGAAACUCUCUCAAGAGAAACGGGAUAAGUUCCAGCAAGACAUUCAGUCGAUUAAUUUGAACGCUGAAAUAAAUAUGGACACGGAAUCACUCAGGAAAGAAUGUGAAAUUGAUGAGUUACGUGAGAGUGUGACGCAGCUUAAGUUAGAACUUGUACGCGCUUGCGCAGUCGUCGCCGAGGCCAGGACACAGGCCGAGGCUAAUUGUCGCCACGAAUGGACUCAAAUGGAUCCGUUAACGGCGAAGCGGAUCUCAUCGGUGAAGAAAUUAGCGUACUACGUGCAGACACAGCUGGAUCAAGCGCUUAAAUCUCUCGAUCACAAGUGGAACGAAAUGGCAGCUAGAGACAAAUAUGCUAAGCCCGGCGAACGAAUGAUUCGACCCAUACUAGACGACGUUUAUCAACCGCUGGUGAAGCAGCAGGAGAUACUCAGUCGCCAACAAGCGGAACUCAAAACUUUGAGAAACGCUAUGAACGAGUGCAACUUUACACCAAUGUUCAGAUCGACGACGUUGUUACGAAGCACACCGUUCAGAAAUAAAGAUCCUCUAUCAAAACUUACCAAAAACAUUCUAAACAUGAACAUUGAACCUAAAAACAAGGCAAAGGAACAAUUACUUAACUCACAAAAGUUGGAUGCACUACGUGAUGUUUUAUCGAACCACAGACCAAGGAAAGUAAAACCAGUCAACGUUGAAUUAACGCAACAUCUUGAGACAAUGAAACAGAGAUAUGCGAAAAGUUUAAAAGAGAAAGAAGAAAAAAAAGAGUUGGAACAAGCUGCAUUAAAAGUUGAGCCGAAAGAAGAAUUGAAAAUACAAACCACAAUUAAACAAGAAAAACCUUUAAAUACAUUUUCGAAACCGCAAUUACCAUUAUUCUCCCAAAUGUCUGUAAAGACUGAGAACCCAAAGCCAGUUACAUCUAACAUGCAAAGCUUUACUCAAAAAUUAACAGACGUACCGCCUUUGAAUAAUCAUGCUAAUAUAUUUACGUCGCAAAGGGUUGGAGGUUCUAUUGCUUUCGCUUUUGGCCAAUCACCAGCAAUGGAACCUAAACCUGAUAUAGUGAAAGAAUCGCCAGCUAUUACACAAUCUUACGCGCCAGUGACUUUGAAUGUGAAACCUACUAAACCCGCCAGUGUGGUCAGGACAUUAUUCACUGAGGAUGCUAGUGAAAAGCCAGUAGAAACUAUUCAAAAGCCUCAAGCUCAAACAUUACCCCAAGUGGGAACCGAACAGCCAAAACAAUUGACAAAUCAAGAAACUAAAAUUUUAUUAAGAAAAAUGAUCCUUAAAGAGGGCGUAAUGCCUGCAGACAGCACAAUAAAAGCGGAACCAAAGAAUGAUUCUAAUACUUUUAUGGGACAAAAUAUUUGUUCACCGGCUGCAUUUAAUUUUUCAAAACCAACAGCUACUGCACCAGCUGCUGUAUUUGCCUCAAAACCAAUAACAGACAUGACGAACAUGUUCAACAAGUUGCAACAUCAAACAACCGGACCCACUGUGUCUUCAACUGUAAACCCUAAAUCUGACGAAACAGGUGAGGCUGAACUUUCAAAAGAGAAAGUUAAAGAAGAGAAGCCAAUCACUAAUAUGUUUAGCUUAAAAACUACUACUCCGUUAAAUAGUAAAAAUCAAAAUGUUCCUGAUGUUCUCAAAAGUAGUAGCCAAGGAUUCGUUUUUGGUAAAACUGAAAAUAAAAGCAUUCCUAAAGUAGUCGAAGAGAAAUCAAAAGAAAACGUUCCUGACAAACCUAAGGAGCCGAAGGCGGUAGUAGAAAAUAAAAAUGACAAUGAACUAAAACCGCCGAUAGCACCUGUGACAACGAGCAAAGCACCUGCUCAAGCUGUUAUUAUAGUCGAUCUCAAGAAACCUGCAGCGGAAGCUAAAGUAGAAAAAGUGCCGUCGUCCAUAUUUAGUGGAGCCCCUGUUUCACCACCCCCUACAGUAUCUAAACCUCAAUCCGAACCGGUAACACAACAACAGCCUGUUGUCGAGAUAUCAAUAUCAUCAACGACCCCAGCAAACUUAUCAAAGCCUGUCACGGUUACAACGACAGCAUCAAAAACUGUACUGGAACAAACUGUCGAACAAUCAAAUAACACUUCUAUAAAUGAUAAAGAGGCGAAGCCAUCUGAAAUUAUUGAAAUCAAAGAGGAUUCAAAAGUAGAAACAAGUAAGCAAGACAAUGUAGCCCCAAGUGUUAGUGCUAGUGUAUUUAGUUCAACGAAUACAGGAAUUGCACUUAAUACUUCAUUAAAUACAACAUCAACUGCAACCGUAAUAACAAGCGAAUCAAAACCAUCAGUUUUCAGUACAGCUACGCCAAGUUCUAUAUUUUCAAGUACACCGCAAUCGUUUACGUCACAACCACCAGUGUUUGCAUCUAAUGCGUCAUCUGUAUUCGCAACGGCAUCGGCGGCUGUAUUUGGUCCCCAAACGACACAAAGUUCGAUAUUCGGUACGACAACAUCAACAUCUAGUGCGUUUGGGACAGCGACGACUUCGUCUAUAUUCGGUAGUACAUCUUCUGCCCAAAGCAUAUUCAGUUCUGCAGCAUCAAAAUCUAUAUUCGGUACAACACCGGCGUCAACUAGUCAGAGUAUAUUUGGUACCACGCCGACUACGACUCAGGCAUCUGUGUUCGGAACCAAUCAAUCUGUAUUUGGGACAUCUACAUCUAAUUCUGGUUUUGGGGCACCAUCUACUCAAGCAUCUAUAUUUGGAAGUCCUUCGAAACCAACUUCUGUAUUUGGGAGCCCUACACAAACGACUCAAGCAUCAGUGUUUGGUACCCCUACACGAACAACUCAAGCGUCUGUGUUUGGUACCCCUACACAAACAACGCAAGCGUCUGUGUUUGGUACCCCUACACAAACAACGCAAGCGUCUGUGUUUGGUACGCCUACUCAAACGAAUCAAUCUUCUGUGUUUGGUACGCCGACACAAACAACUCAAGCGUCUGUGUUUGGUACGCCGACACAAACAACUCAAGCGUCUGUGUUUGGUACGCCGACACAAACAACUCAAGCGUCUGUGUUUGGUACGCCGACACAAACAACUCAAGCGUCUGUGUUUGAUACGCCUACACAAACAACUCGAGCAUCUAUAUUUGGAACACCUACAACAACUACUCAAAGUGGAUCUUUAUUCGGAAACGCUGAAUCUAAUUUGUUUGCAGCGGCAAGUAUAUCAACUACUAGUGCUCCUUCGCAGGCGAGUGGCGGGAGCAUAUUUGGGUCUUCGUCGGGCUCAGUUUUCGGCAGUAGCAAUACUAGUGUGUUCGGCAGUAAGACUGGCUUCACCGAUUCGAAUCCAACAGCGACUAAUAUUUUCGGAGGAUCGGCGGCGUUUGGUCAGAAGCCUGCUACUGAUUUCUGGAGCGGUGGCAGUAACACUACUACUUUUGGAUCUUCCGGUUUUGGUCAACAAGCAACAACCCAAUCUUCUUCAAUAUUCGGCACUUCCGGUGGAAGUUUCAGUGCCCCAUCUACGGGACAACCUUUUGGCAGCCCUGGACCGUUCAGCGGUGGAGAAUCUAAGUCCAUUUUCGGAUCUCCUCAACAACAAUCAGCGCCAGGAGCGUUUGGAGGAUCACCUGUAUUUGGUUCUAAACCGGUGUUUGGAGGAUCAUCCGGUUUCGGUUCGUCGGCAUUCGGCGGUUUCAACAAGAGUCCCAGUAGCGGCUUCGGCGCUCCGGCCUCCUUCGGCGGGACCGCCUUUGGAGGGAAUGCGUUUGGUAACACGUCGCCCAAUAAAGUUUUUGGAAGCUCGUCUCCUAGUAAGUAUUUCGGGUCUCCAACACAAUCGAACGCCACUUUCGAGAACCUAGCGACUCAGAACACGUUAACAUUUGGUAACUUAGCGCAACAGUCGGGCCAGGCGCCGCAAGCCGCACCAUCUUUUAAUGCAUCGCCUUCAUUCACCGGUUGGCGAGGCUGAUGAUUCUUCUACAAAGAGCGUGUUUGAAAAUUAAAAUAGGAUUAAAUCAAUAAUGUUAUCAAAAUCGAACGACUAAUUGCGACUAUCUCAAAAAUGUCAAGAGGUAUGAUGACAAAACCUGAUUUUGACGAUUUUAUAAUUAAAUUUUGUACAUGCCGAAAAUUAUCAUAUAAAAGAAUAGAUGUGCCAAUUUCAAAAUAGUUAAAAUGAAAUUUG